AUGGCUCCUGUAGCUUCUCACUUCAAGCUCAACACAGGAACGACCAUUCCUGCUGUUGGUCUGGGCAACGAACAUGAGGUUGGCCAAGGUAUCAAGGGCAGUGGCGUGCCUCGUGAGGAGAUAUUCUUGACGAGCAAACUCUGGAACACCCAUCAGCCCAACGUUAAGGAGGGUCUUCAGAAAUCACUAGACGCCUUGGGCACAGACUACCUCGACCUUUACCUCAUUCACUGGCCGGUACGUCUGGUUCCUAACGAAUCGAGCGAGCUUCUCCCCGUCAAUCCUGACGGCACACGAUCUGUUGACCGAGAGUGGGACCAAAGUGAGACUUGGCGCCAGAUGGAAGAGGUUUACAAGUCUGGCAAAGUCAAGGCUAUUGGAGUUGCCAACUGGUCGAUUCCUUACCUGGAGAAAUUGAGCAAGACUUGGAAUGUCGUCCCCGCAGUCAACCAAGUGGAGCUACACCCUUUUCUGCCCCAACACAAGCUCCGAGACUUCUGUGCAAAGCACAAUAUAUUGCUAGAGGCCUAUUCGCCUCUUGGGUCAGCGGGCGCACCUAUCCUGUCCGAUGAAAGCAUCCAGAAUGUUGCAAAGAAAUACGAUGUGUCCCCUGCUACGAUUCUGAUCAGUUACCACGUCAACGAGGGAGUGGUUGUUUUGCCAAAGUCUGUACAUGAGAAGAGGAUCGUUAGCAACAAGACAGUCAUUGAGUUGUCCGAUGAAGAUAUGGCGCUGCUGGAUAAUCUGGCUGCCAAUGGCAAGGCAAAGCGCAUCAACACGCCGAUGUGGGGCUGGGAUCUCGGAUUUGAUGACUGGUAUGGUCCUCUCGCAAGUUCUCGCUAG